AUGUCGAGUGAAACCGGACACAUUGCGCUGCCAUUGGAGGUGCCAUUGGCUGCGAGCCGCAGUUACUCUGGGCGUCGCUCGGUCGCCGUAACCGACGUGGUUAAAGGCGCCAUGCCUGACACUAUCGAGUCGCUCAGCGGCAAAACAGCCUCUCCUGGCUUCUCCGAAACCCCACCGGACAGCCCCACAGCGAGGACAGCACCUCUGGUGCCCGCGCCAGCACCUGCCGCCGAGAAGCGGCCUGCGAAGCUUGCGUCGAAGCUCCGCUCAUUCAAACCCUCGAUCCGGCGACGAAUCCUGGAGGCUACUGUCAGCACCGGCUCAGCAGCUGUGCCAGCUCCCGCGGUGCCGGCACAGACCCUAGGUGAUAGCAGCUCCCCCCACGUAGCCGGGAGCGGGGGCGACAGCGAUGGGACUGGCGGGGGACCCUCCACCAGUGGGAAAGCGCCCCAGGUGGAAGAAGCUUUUACCGACGCUCCGGCCGCCGCCCUAGAGGGCCAGCAGCCGAUUAUGGCCGAUGCCUCAUUGCAUUCACCUUUUCAGGCGCCACAGCCGCAGCAAGAACAACUGCAGCAGUUGAUGCAGUGCCGUUUUGCCUCCACAAGUGCGCUAUCGGCCAUGGCGGUGAGCAAGGCGGUUCACCGCCUGCAGCUGCGGCAGCAGCAGGAGAAGGCCGCUGCGCGAUACGCGCGGACCGCGCCGCACAUUCCCAAUGUCAGUGGCUCCGGGCUCCAUCACCAGUAUGCCUCCCCGCCACCACAUCAGCGUGAACCCGCGGCCGCUGCGUCGACGCAACGCGUGCUGUCUGUCGCUUCUGACGGCAGCAGCAGCAGCGGCUGUGGCGGCAGCGCAGCCGCCGUUGCCGUCGAGAGCAACGAGAGUGGCAUGUACUUACCGUACGGCAGUUCAAUGGGGGCGUUGCCACAGUCGCACCCGCCGCUGCAGCAGGGGUAUUCGCCAGCGCGUCGUCUGGGUUUUGGCAUGAACCAGUCGCGCUCCGCCAGCAGCAAUUUCGCCUUCCAGAAGGCCCAGUACGACGGUCACCGUAAUGCGCCUGCCGGCGCUGCUGACGGUGGCGACGCCGCGCCUGAUUCCGGCAGGACGUCAACUGCCCAGGCGACCAACGCUGACUUCGAUGAGUGGCUGGGUGCUGACGUUCCCGACAUGUCUCGUGGCCGCCUGACCCGCGUUGUCCCAACAGAUCUGGACCGCCGUAGCUCAAUGUCGUACACGGAAGGUCACAUCAGUGCGGCGGAGCGCCUGCAGGCGAUGGUUAGCAGCGCCGCAUCCGCGGGUGGGGACGAGGCUGCCUCCUACCUGCAGCAGCUCCUCAUCCCGGACAUGUCUUCAACCGCCUCCGUUGACCUCCACUACAGCAACAACAGCAACCCCGUCGCCAGCGUAGUCACGCUGGCGUACGGCAGCAGCAGCGGGCCUGCUGCAGCCUCGGCCAUGGCCACGCCCGUCCCCGGCGCUGGCGGCCUCUGGGGCUUGCUCCAGAACAGCAACAGCCCGCUGGCAUUCAGCGCCAGCGAGGAUACGGGCGGGUUCCUGCGCACCUCCCCGGCCACGCCGACGGUGACCUCAAAAAUUGCCGCAGCGGCGGCGGCCAUGGGCUGUGGGAGCAGUGGCAGCGCCCAUGUACGGCCCCUGUCAGCGCAAGGUCACUGGUUGAACGGCGACCGCGUGCCGCGCUCGUCCACGGGAUGCGGUAGCGGACACUUGAGCAGGCAAGGCUCCGUGACUUUCACCUCCCAGAGUGCUCAUUUUGGUGCUGCCCCGUCGCACUCUAGCGUUGUCGUGGGCGGUGCCAACGGCAGUGUCACCAGCGGCAGCGGCACCUCCUUAAUGCUGGAGCUGCCCACCAGCUCCUCCUGCCCUCAUGUCAACAAGACAGCGACACAGCUCGUAGAGGAGCUCCGGGAGCUCCACGCAACGGCGGUUGCGGCGGAGCCGCAGCCGCCCACACCGCAGCAGCAGCAGCUGCUGCUGCGCGACGAGCUGACAGCGGCCUUGUGGCGGCUCCUCCGCGCCAAGGACUCGGAGGCGGUUAGCUACCUGCUGGCUGUGGACCCCGCGUCGAAGCCCAACCGUCUCAUCGCGCCAAUGCUCGCGGAGAUGCGCAGCUGGGUGUACCUGAACAUGUGGUGA